GAAGGUAUACAUCUGUCAUUUGCUGAAAAAAUUUCGUGGUAAAACAUUUUCCUGCUGCAGUUAAAUUUCGAUGGAGGUUUAAAGCCAUUUUUAGGAAAAUUAAUAAAUAUAUUUUUGUCAAAAAAGGUCGUCCAUUUCAUUGUGGCUUCAUUGGAAUAGUUUGUUUUCAGUUUUAUUGGUUUACGUGAGUUCGGGCAUCUCUACAUAUGACCUAACAUUAUUGGAUUUAUGACAACAUAUUUAAUUGAACCUAGCGAAUAGUUAUUGUAUGGCUGUUCGAUGAAUGGAUGUUUUGACUCUGUAAUAAAAUAAAUAAUAAUUACAUUGAGCACGCGGACAAGUAAAACAUGAGUGUUAUAAUUCGUUUGCAAAAUUUGCCGUGGUCGGCAAACGCAUUGGAUAUACGUCAAUUUUUCAAAGGCCUCUCGAUACCGGAUGGAGGUGUACACAUUGUCGGUGGUGAAAUGGGCGAUGCUUUUAUCGCAUUCAGUACCGAUGAGGAUGCCCGCCAAGCAAUGAUGCUUGAUCGUGAAAAAAUCAAUGAGGUUCAAGUACGUUUAUUACUCUCCUCGCGAGCUGAAAUGCAAAAAGUCAUAGAAACUGCACGCCAACAAUCCCUGUUAGCCCUCAAAAAUGCAGGUGCUUUGCCAAAUAUUAAAACCACCGUAGCAUCACCUUCUUUGUCCACACCGCAGCCGCCAGUCAUUACACCUAAUAGUUUACAUAACAUUCUUUCAAGUGCUGCACCAUCAUUUUUGGCUUACCAGAAACAAGCUGGCAUCACCUUGAUAGAAAAUCCGAUUGAAAGUAGUACCACUGAGUCUGCGAAUACAUAUCGUAGUAGCGCAGAAAAGAGUCGCGAUCGUCGUCGUUCCGUAUCUCGUGAUCGUCGUCGAUCACGGUCACGUGACCGCAACGACCGAAGCGAUCGUAGUAGUUCGCGUCGAGGACGACGUGAGAGAAGUCGCUCCCGAUCACGAGAUCGCGAUUGGAAGAGUCGACGAUCCAGCCGACGUUCACGCAGUCGAGAACGGAGCCAUGAUCGAACUCGUGAUCGUAGUACUGAGCGCAGCCGAAAUUCGAGUCGGAGCAAUGCAAUUAACAAAGAACGAGACAAUGCUAACCAAUCUAGUAAAUCCUUGAAAGACAUCCCGAGUAAUAAAAUUUCCACAAAAGUAACGGAUACAAGUGAGAGCGCUAGCGCCAAGGUGGCAAUCAUUCCCUCGUGGGGGAUACCUGCCAUGAAUUCGUACCAAACAAAUAUUACAAAUGACAGUACAACUGUCGUAAGCAGCGCUACGGCAUUUAAUGUAACAACUCCCGGUAUCAAUAAUAUAUUGAAUCCAUUCAGUAUGGGUGGCACUAUCCCAGGUAUACGGAGCUCUCAAGUGGCGAACUCCUACACAAGCACCAAAAGUAAUAAAAGUCCAGAACCUCAAUCUAACACGAACACCGCAAAUAUACCAGCCGCCACCACCGUUCCAACAUUCCAAAGUGGCUCAUCUUCAGUCUCAACUUCAAACAAUUACAGCAUAAAUUUUUUUAAUUCUAAUUCAAAUAGUAGUGACUCUGCCAAACAUUUUGCCUUGCAAAAUCCCUACACUGUUGCAAUUCAACAAGCUACAAUUAAUACAAACUCAUUAGAAUCUUCUAGUUCGACAACACGUAGCCCAACACAACAGCCCAGCAAUACAAUGUUCUCAGGUAUCAGUUUAAUCGAGAAUAAAUCGGAUCUAAAAUUGCCACAAACAAAUCCAUCCCCAUCGACAUCGGCAUCUAAUUUUGCAACAGUGAGCCAGCUGACACAAGAACCAAUAGCUUUCGCCAAUACAAACCCCUAUGCUCAGAUGUAUCCGAAUCUGUUCGCACAAGCCGCUGCCGCCAGUAUUGGCAAACCAAGUGGUAUUCAACAGAAAGCUCGAGAACCAGAAAUACAGAGAUCAAAAGAGCCAUUGAAAGAGAGUUGCUGCAUCAAGAUUAGUAACAUGUGCGCCAGUACCACUUACAGCGACGUGCGUAAAUUCUUCAUGGGUCUCUUUAUACCACACAACGGUAUUAAAAUGGUAAACGAUAAACAUGGUCUCCGCAUCGGAGUAGCAUUUGUACAAUUCUCACGGGUCUCCAGUGUGCAUAAAGCGAUAAUGCGCAACAACUCGUUACUUAAGACGAAACUGGUCAAAGUGGAGCUAGUGAGCGAUGAGGAAUUCGAGCAAGUGGAAGACAGUUAUCGUCCUCAAGGUCGAUUUGACCGUAGUGAUCGAGGAGAUCGUAACUAUCAAGACAGUCGAAGUGAUUACGAUCGUCAAGAUGAUGACAACAAGGGUGGAAACUCGAACUACCGUAGUGAUCGCGAGGGAACAUUGGGCUUCGAAUCAAAAAGUGAACCAUUUACUGUGAUCUAUAUUGAAGAUAUACCGUCUUCAGCUGUCGAGCACGAUCUAAUGCGCAUGUUCUCAUCGUAUACUAUUUUCGACAUACUUUUGACUCCGAGUCGCGAAAAUAGGCGGGAAUUCAAGGGGCAUGUGCUUUUCUCACGUGCUGAAGAAGCCAAAGCAGCUUUGGAAGACAAAUCAAAGCAUAUGAUUGGAUAUCGAAAAGUGCGUGUACGUCCUGGUACAGUGGAGGAAAUGGAAAGAGAAAAGGAGAAAGUAAGACUAGCAAAUGAACAGCUGAUGAAAGAAGAGGAAGCCUUAGCGGAAGCGGAGAGGUUGAAAGAGGAGGAAAACCAAGGAGAGGACGAUAUGGACGUAGCAGAUGAUGCAAGUAGUCUAAAUGGCGCAGAUACUAACAACGACGAACAAAAUGAGCCCAAUAUUUCUUUAGAACCCAGUAAUCCAAAGAUACCAAGUCUUUUCGAUAUGUCUUCAUCCAAAAAUGAUGAUAGUCUGGCAAGAUUGGAUGAAUUUAAUAAUGCACCAAGCGAUCCUCGCCUGCGUCGACAAAAACCAAGUCGUUUUGAACCAUUAAAACCGGCGGACGAAAUGAACCCAAAUAUGAAAACUGGCAACAUGGGUAUGGAUAGUAAUAUGAGCUUAAAUAGUAACAUGGGUAUGAACUUGGGCACGAACAUGGUCAAUAACAUGGGAUUGAACUCCAACAUGGGUAUGAAUAUGAACAUGAACAGUGGAGGAAAUUUUUUGCCAUCGAUGAUGAAUAGCAACAACAACAAUAACAAUAUGAAUAAUAACAACAUGAACUUCAACUCAAAUCCAAUGGGAAUGAAUAAUAACUUUAUACUUAUGAAAAACUGCGACUACAACACGCGUAUAAAUGAUGUCGCUGAACUGUUACAGGGAGCAUUUUUACGUCUGAAACACAUUGAACCAUUGCGUGGUGAACGUAAUAUGCCGACUGGUGAGUUCAUAGUCGAGUUUCAAGAUUCUCAAGACGCAGAAAACGCCAUACGCCAAUUUAAUAACAUUUCAUUCCGUCAACGUAAACUACGCAUACGCUCCAUAAUGCCGCAAGAGAUCGCUGACCGUAUUAGAAAGCCGUUCAUGAAUUGUUAUCCCGGAGGUGGUGGCCCAAGUGGGCGUCCAUUCGAAAGAAACCCAUUUUCAAGAAAUAGCAAUGAAAUAACACUAAACGAUGGUCCACCGCCGAUGAUGGCUUACGGCAGUAGUCUUGGCGGACGCUACGGCAGUAAUAAUAUGAAUAAUGAUAACAACAACGGACGAGGUGGUGGUCCGAUGAGUCGUGGUAGUCGCUCUGAUCAUCAUAUAGGCAGCGGUGCACGCAAUCACGGAGGUCGUAACAACAAUAGCGGCUCCAGCCAUGAUGGUCGUAAUUCAGAUCAGGAUGAUGACAUUCAAAUCAUCGAAGACAGCAGUAACGAUGUUAUUAUUAGUGCUGAUAAUGGUCCAAACGGUGAUGAUGGCAGUGAAAAUGGUGGCAUACCAGAGAAAUUCACACGUCCCGGCUGCGUGAUAUCUAUGGAGAAUGUACCUUACAAAGCCGAGCUUAUAGAUAUACUAAAAUUUUUCUCUGGUUUUGACCUUACGCCUGACGAUAUCAUAAGACGUUUCAAUGAUGAUGGCACAGCAACAGGUGAUGCACGUGUGGCCUUCGCAACUCCAUCAAUGGCGCGCUCUGCCUACAAUUCACGACGAAGAAAACAGAUUUUCAAUCGCACAAUACGUUUAACGUUGCUGUAGGAUACUGGGAAGUAAUUAUGUAAUGCAGGUUGUAAAUUUAGUAGUGGGGCUAUAUAUGAAUUAUAAUAAGAAUUAAUUCCCGUAAGUUCUAGUUUUAAUAUUUAGUUUACUUAAUGUUAAACAUAAAUAAUUGUAUUCCGUAAGUGCGAGAAUUCCUUGUAUGAAUGAGAUAAUGCAAUUGGUUGGGUGGGUGUGUCAUUGAAACCUUUUCAAGCCUUUUCUUCAUUUUGUCUAUAAAUUAACGAGUUCAUUUUGAUGUAAAUAGGGUAGCUCAGAGGGAACCAAAAUAUUAUAACACAAUAUAUAUAGAAAUGUUUACUUUUGUAUUUUAAUAGCAACCAUGGGCUAUAUUUUAAAAAUAUCGUUGUAAUCGUUAUAUCAAUAGUUUAACUGAGUGUUUGUCUGAUGGUUUGAAAAGGAUAAUCAUAAUCAUAAUCAUACAUAUUACAUGUACGUAUAUAAGAUGUACUUUAACAUAUUUCAGUGGCUCUGAAAAAUAUAAUACUACCUAAGCUCCAUUUAACCCAUUUCACAAAUACCUGUAGAUACAUAGAUAUCUAUUUAUGUAAUAUACAUACCAUUUAUAUUCAUCUACUUGUGUAGAUAUUUUAUUGUUAAAUAAAAUAUUGAUACUAUUAAAUUGAAUAAAAUAUUGAUACUAUUUUA